AUGAACAUCCCUAGCAGUGUCCAUGGCACAAUUGGCGACGCCUUAAGGGCUAGAAGCAUAGGAGGUGGAGUUGGCGAGUUUGAGGCAACGACACUCGCUGUGGGCGGCGCUUCCAAUCACGCAGGCUUUGGUAAUGGCUACGCAAUCCACAAUGACGAAGCCAUUGAGGUAGUACAAGUGGAGGGUGACGCCCAAAGAAGAAAGGCCAAUGCUUGGGGUGGCGCCUAUAAAAAGUUGGAGCAUCUGG